AUGACUUAUCUUUCAGGGGGGAUCCCAGUUUUGCCCAAAGGACUGACCGAAUCGAAGGAUGAGGCCACCGACGUCCCGCCGGGCAUGGACGUCCUGCUCGACCUCACCCACGUCGUCGUUCAGCAGAAGAUCGAAUGGUUCCAGAUCCUGACGGGAUGCGAGACGCGGAACCAAUAUUGGCUGAAGACCACGGAGGGGGAGGAGCUGUAUCACGCGAAGGAGGAUUCCAACUGCUGCCUCCGCCUCGGCUGCGGCUCUCUCAGGCCCUUUACGAUCGCGUUGAAGAACAAGAACGAGCAGGAGGUGCUUCGCUUGGAGCGGCCGCUCAAGUGCACGGGGUCGUGCUGUCCGUGCUGCCUGCAGGUUUGA